AUGGCACUCGACAUCCGAGCUCGUUACCCUCCUCAUGGGUCCCAAGACUUUUCUCGCAUUCCUGUUCUUCUGACAAAUGGGACCGUAACAGGAAUAUGCUGUCCGAACCUCGAAGACCUCUGGCAUCGCGCCCUCUGGUUACUCGAACACGACUCCAAAAUCAAGAACUUCUUCAAUGACACGGUGCCCUCUUGGAUAAUACACUCACGCGCGUGGGCCGAUGCCAUACAAGCUUUCAGGGGUCGUCUGGAUGAAGGUCCUGCAGUGGGUGUCGCGCUGGGUAUCUCGUCGGAUGGGACGGAGCUGUCUAUCCCUGCUCUCGCUUUUUGCGAUGCAGGAUUUAUUGGCUUCGAAACACGUCUGAUUGAGGCGUUGGAGUUUGGUGUAGGCCAAAAUUCGAUGGACGACUUUAGCCUCAGCCUUCGCUUCUACAUCCUCGACCUCAUCCUACAAUGCAUGGCCACGUUCAUGCUUGAUUUCUUACGGCCCUGGAUUCCAGCCACCUCCGCCCACUCCUCCCCCUCCACCGCCUUCAACGGCAUUCAUUCUCUGGUCAACGACGCCUUCUUCGCCCGCCAAAGUUGUUCUCUCGACUUCGGUUCAUCUCUAUGGGGCGGUCGUCUCCGUCUAGGGACUCGAGCCUCGCUUGGACUCGGUGAGCGGCUGCGGAUCGCGUAUAUCUCGGUGGAUAGGAACUGGGCGUUCGCGUGUGCUGUGGCUGUUGAGGCCUUUGUCCCUGGAAGUGAGCUCGAGCCGGGCUCUGGAACUUUGCGUUGGCUCAGAAUAGGUGUCGAUUUUAUGAAACAGUGGCUGACACCAGGCGUAGUCCCACCGUCUCUUUUCCAUUAUACUUCGCUGGGUCAUGUCAAGUGGUCGGACGACUGCCGACCCAUCUCUCUCGAACUGGAAACUUCUCAAGAUGGGGUCCCUGUGGCAUAUAUUGAAGUUCUUCAAGAUGAUGUCUAA